GCUCCAAAUUAAAAAAAAAAAUCUCCCUUUCAACUCAUCUUCACCCGGCCCCUAUCAAUAAUCAAAAUAACAAUCCCCUCUCUUUAGCUCUUCGCCCACUUCCUCCACCGUCUUCCUUAUUUCUCUCUCUCUCUCUCUCUCUCUCUCUCUCUCUUGUUUUCUCUCGAUGCCCUAAUCACUCGUCCUCGCCGGAAUUUCGCACGGCGCGUUGUCGCCGCCGGCGAUAUCCGUGGUACCAAACUUCCUAGUCUUUUUUUUCUAUCUCUAGGUUUUUUUUUUGGGUUUUGGAUUGGAAUCUGGAAUCGUAUUUGGAUUUGAUUGCGGAAGGAAAGAAUAACAACGACGACGUACAAGCACGGCGUCGAAGGAUCUGUUAGGGUUUUAAUCUUAUGGCUGGAGGUCGUAAAAAAGGAGGGAACAAAGCAAAAGUUAAGAAUUUAAGUUUGGGUGAUCUUGUUCUUGCCAAAGUCAAGGGUUUCCCCGCUUGGCCUGCCAAGAUUAGCCGGCCUGAAGAUUGGGAGCGAGAACCUGACCCUAAGAAAUAUUUUGUCCAAUUCUUUGGAACAGAAGAAAUAGCUUUUGUUGCCCCUGUUGAUAUUCAAGCUUUUACUAGUGAGACAAAGAGUAAAUUGUCUGCCAAGAGUCAAGUUGUUAAAACUAGGUACUUUGUCCAAGCGGUUAAGGAAAUUUGUGUGGCAUUCGAUGAGUUACAUAAAGAGAAGUCCAGUGAAUUGAGAGAUGAAACUGAUAAGUCAACACCUGGCUUUGAGGCUUCAUCUGCUGAUGGGGUUGAGGAUGGUGGUGCAGAGGCCGACUUAAAGAAUGGAAAAAGUGCAGUAGCACCUGGUGAAGAAACCACUAGUGUAGGAAAAGGUGAGAAUAAUAGUGAACAUAUAAAGCCAUUAAUUUCAGGUCAUGCAGAUGAUAGCUCAUCUCCACAUAUGUCUUCUGAGGGUAAUGAUAAAAUUUCAAAUGGUGAACAAGCUAAAAAGGAGGUGUUUUCUCCAGCAUCUUUAGACGAACCUUCUCCUAUAAAGGAGGAAUUCUCUGAUGAUAAAAUUGCUAUAGCCAAUUGCACUAAGAAAACAUUGAGGGAUGAUCAGAUGUCAAAGAAGAUGGCUCCUGGGUCAAAGAAAAGAAAUGUGCAAGGGCAGAAAAGCAGCAGUUCAGCUGCAACAACAUUGAGGGAUAAUAAAUCUAGUGGUUGUCUCGAUCUGCCUGAUUCUGAGGAGCAGCUGAAAGAUAGAGUAAAAGGCAAAGUAUGUAGUGGCUCUGUUAGAAAAUUCUCAUCAGAUACUCUCAAAUCAGAUUCUAAUUACACUGGUGGUAAGAAGGCAAAGGAAUUGCUGAAAAGCAAAAGCAACUUGAAGGCUACUGAUAAUGUACUAGACGCUGCAGCCAAUCCAAAAGGUGAGACUACUGGCAAGAAAAAAAGGGGUGAACCUGGACUUGGAAAGCUAAACUUCGGUGCAGAUGAAGUUUUACAUCCUGCCAAAAAGUCAAAGGUUGUAGAUAUGAAAAAUGAUGCUUCCAAGGGAUCUAUUGUCAAAAAAACGAAAGGUAAUUCUCCAAGCUCUAACAAUGUCAACAGCAAAGCUGCUAAACAUUCAGAGUCUAAAAAAUCCACAUCUCAUGUUUUAGCAUUGAGAGCUCCAGUGUCCAUGAUUUCUGAUGUUUCCGGUGAUGAAGCUGUGCUGCCUGUAUCAAAGCGCCAUCGGCGGGCCCUGGAGGCAAUGUUUGAUUCAGGCUCUAGUAAUUCUGACAAUAAAAUUGGAAAAAAUCCUGUUGAAUUGAAGAAUUACAAUUCAAGUUCUAGUCAUGUGAAAAUUCCAGGUACCCAAUUGUCCAGAAGGCGUAGGGCUGUUUGCCUUUUUGAUGAUGAUGAUGAAGAAGAUCCCAAAACUCCACUUCAUGGAGGAUCUAUCCGGGAUGUUAAAGUAACUUCUGUUGUUUCAGAUGCUUCAAAAAGCAGUGAUGUAAAUCAUUCAAGUGCUGCCAAUGCUCAACGUAGUGUUGAAGAAUCCAACCAACAUGAGAACAAUGGUCCUAAGGAGGCUUCUUCAAAAUUAAUGAACGAUGUUGUGUCACCUACUCGACCACGAACUGUUACUCAUGCCUCCAUCACUCCUGAAAGAUCUGAAUCAGAACAAUUGUCUUCAAAGGAGGCCAAACCAGACUUGAUUUCCCUAAGGAAGUCUCCUCAUCUGGUUUCUGCCACAAAACAAGUAGAACAACACAGAACUACUAAAGCUGCUGCCAAGGUUUCUGGUAAUGGAACUCAGAAAAAGGCUCCAUCUGUCUCUGUUAAGGGAUUGGGUGUGACUUCUGAAGGUUUGAAGUCUUCUCAACAAAUUCAGGUUUUGAGUCAAAGAAAUAGACAAGCUUCUUCCGUAGAGAGACUGAAAUCUACUCCAAAAGCAAUUUCGCGAGGAAAUGACACCACUUUUGUCACUGAAACUUCAAUGGAAUUCGAUAUCUUUAGAGAAGAUAGAAGUGGUUCGUUGAUUGAUUCCAAAAAUUCAGAUUCUGCUAUGUCAAUGAAGCAUCUUAUUGCCGCUGCGCAAGCAAAAAGAAGACUAGCUCACUCUCAACAAUAUUGUCUGGGAAAUCCUAGUUCUGCUUUUCUGUCAAUGUCUGAGGCUCAGGGAGCGAGCCUCAGUCCUGCAGUUCAGCCUUUUCCCUCUGUGACCAACAAUGAAGUGCAGGGUGAUGGGCAGGGAUUUGCUCAUCGAACAAGUAUAACUUCUCCAUCAACCCUUGGUCACCUGUCAGGAUCCCAAAAUCAACAGGAUACUGAAGAGACCGAAGAGAGAAGAGCUAGUUCUGGGCACAUGGCAGCUGGAGGCUCUCUCAGUGGUGGUACCGAGGCGUCUGUUGCUCGAGAUGCUUUUGAAGGAAUGAUAGAGACUCUAUCGAGGACUAAGGAAAGUAUCGGACGUGCAACUCGCCUUGCUAUUGAUUGUGCCAAGUAUGGCAUUGCAAAUGAAGUUGUUGAACUUCUUAUUCGGAAGCUGGAAAGUGAGCCCAGUUUUCAUCGCAAAGUUGACCUGUUCUUUCUUGUUGAUUCAAUCACCCAGUGUUCACAUAAUCAGAAAGGCAUCGCUGGUGCUUCAUAUAUCCCUACUGUUCAAACAGCAUUGCCCCGUCUCCUUGGUGCAGCUGCUCCACCUGGAGCAAGUGCUCGUGAAAAUCGUCGUCAAUGUCUCAAGGUUUUACGAUUGUGGCUUGAGAGGAAAAUUUUACCUGAAUCGAUUCUGCGGCGUUACAUGGAUGACAUUGGAGUUUCAAAUGAUGAUGCACUCUCAGGGUUUUCCCUAAGACGCCCAUCUCGAGCUGAACGUGCUAUAGAUGAUCCUAUAAGAGAAAUGGAAGGCAUGCUUGUGGACGAGUAUGGAAGUAAUGCUACAUUUCAGCUGCCUGGCCUUUUGUCUUCUAAUGCAUUUGAUGAUGAUGAGGAAGAGCUUUUGGACAGUCCUUGCGGAGAAGCUGCUGACGCAUCACCUUUAGAAACAGCUCAGGCUUUAGUAGAGCUAGAAGCGUGUACAGUUACUCCAAGUGAUAGGCGUCAUUGCAUCUUAGAAGACGUGGAUGGUGAGCUUGAAAUGGAGGAUGUUUCUGCACACCAGAAGGAUGACCGGCCAUCAUUCACUAAUGAUAGUCUUGAAAAGGACAUGCAGCAGCAGGGCAAUGAUAGGAUCAUGGAACCAGCUUCAAGUAGUCCCAACGGAUUCCCUCCUUUACCCGAGGGUUCCCCGCCAUUACCCCCAGAUUCUCCUCCACCACCACCACCUUUGCCACCUUCACCACCUCCGCCCCCACCUCCAUCAUCUCCUUCACCACCUCCUCCUCCACCACCUCUACCAACACUACCACCUCCUCUCCCUGCACCGCCUGCAUGCCCUCCUCCAGCUUUCGUGCCCCAACCACCAUUGCCCACUCAACCUAUGCUACCUCCUCAGUCAUCAAUGCAGUCUUCACCUCAGUUGGCAUAUCAAGCACCUGUACCUCAUGACUAUCGGGGCACGCCAAAUGGUAAUCAGAUGGUUCAAAUUAGUGGAAGUGCUCCUCAUGGGGGUCACAUAGAUGCUGCUGUGAAAAAUGAAUUGUUUCUGCAGCAGUCCCCUUGCUUUCCUACAGGAGCCCGAAAUUCCCGAGAGGCUUCUGGAUACAAUUCUUCAAGGCAAUUAGAAUAUGGGCAUAAUGAAAUGUAUUUAAAUGCCCCAUCCUCUCAACCAAGUCAACAGUUUCAACCUGGUAAUACAGCUUUUGUGCAAAGGCCUUUACCCCCUAGCCUGCCGCAAACUUCGUCUAGCCAUUUCUCAUUCACAAAGCCUUCAAUGCCACUGCAUCCUCAGCAUUCAUACCCUCCACAAUACUCACUGCCAUCGCAACAUGAUGGCCGCAGGCCAUUUGUUUCUGAUGAACAGUGGAGAAUGCCUGCAGGAGAAUAUAUAGCAGGAAGAAAUCCUCCAUCUGCUGGUCCAUUGUUUGUCCAAGAAGCUUACUUUAGACCACCUGGUGAAAGAACGCCUUCAAAUAAUUUGGCUUUUCCGAUUGCUUCCACCAAUACUUUACCAGCUGGAGCUCCAAAUUCGGGUCAUGGUGUUUCACCCAUGUUGCCGUGUCGACCAGAUGUGUCUACCAUUAAUUGUUGGAGACCAGCUCGAGAAUAAGGAAAUAGUCUUAUUAGUUGGCUGCUAGACAAGUUACAUUAAAAGGUGGUUCAAUUUGUGGACAACAUACAAUUUUCACGUGAAGGCUGUGUUGAUAACUUGUGGAGACCCUUGGCAGGAUUGUAUAUUGUAAUUUUUCCUGACAAAUGUAUCCCGGGAACAUUUGCUUCUGAGUGUAGGCCCAUGUUUCUGACUUGCAGGUUCAACUAUGAUCAAACAGGAAUACUGAAAGGUCAAAAGUUUGGCGUUUAACUAUUGGUGCAAAGUGAAGGAACCAUGGGUUUUUGAUGUGUAAAGAAACAUUGUUUUGAAAAUCAUAUAAUCUGAAAUAUCUCUAUUUAUGGUGUUGGAACUUGGAUAUCCACCAAUGUUGACAGAUCCUACUCCUAAGCGUGAAGCAAAGUACCACCAAAUGUCGAGCCCCUUGUGUAGCUAACGCCCCCUCCCUGAUACAAAAUUCUUAAUAUCAAGUUGCACCGUAAAUUGGGUCCUUACUGGUGUUCUAUGUUUCAUGGACUCGAGCGAGCAUUGGAUAGGAGUAUAUGUCUAGAUGGGAGGUAUCUAUGAAUUCUGAAGAUUGGACACACCUCAGAAGCUCCUUCAGAUUUGCUACCAAAUGCCGUGGCCCUAAGCUGUCCUCACCGAUGAAGUUCAAAAGUUGCUCAAUAUCCUGUUAAAAUAAGCAAGACAGACUAUGAAUUCGUUGCAAAUGGAGCAUUAGAAGAACACACACAGAAGACAAGUAAAAAAUGUCGUGCAUCUUGACCAACUUUUUAUCCAUUGGCCCUGGGUGUUUACCUUAUACCAUGUCGUGGGACUGAAUUGUGAGAAUUGCUACUGCUAGCAGUGUGUGUGAAGCAGUGAUUUACUUCUGCCGGUGGUGUGAAGAAGCUAACUUUUUGCCAGAAAGGAAGAUUAACUAAACCUUCACACUUGGUACAACAGAUUAAGAACCACUAGCUACUCUCGUUAUGUUGCCAUGGGUGGAGCACACAUACUUUCGAUAAUGUGCUAGAGGGUAUUAUACUCUCAACCAAUUGAUAUAACCUCUGAAAACAGCUUUUGCUAAAACUCAAGUAAUUUCUUGAAAGCUUUCUUUGGAUAUCAAACUUUCAGAGUUCAGAGAUGUUUAUUCCUGAUAAGACGCUCGAAAACUAAUUGUUCCUCUAAACAAGUUGUAAAAUCCAAUCAGCUCAGCAAGUUGCUAAGCACAAUUAGAUUUGUA